AUGGGAUUCGGUGCUUGGGGGUGUCCAAUCGCCAUUUCCGCUUCUUCUCACCAACCCCAUCGACUUCAGCUCAACCUCUAUCCGAUGUCGCUUCCGACAGCGUUCAGGCUUUCAAGAUCUGUCCUUUCGACAAUCUCACCACCCAUCUCUCAGGCGCACAAAUGGGCUCUUUCCUAUAUUCCUACGGAGAAAAGACCAUUAUUAGAUAUGUCCCAAGGCGUACCAGGGACACCACCUCACGAAUCGUUGCAGAACGCCAUUCAAACCGCUUCAACAACGCGAUCUAGUUUUGGAUAUGGUCCAGCUGAAGGAGAGGCUCAUUUGAGGUCAGCAUUAGUGGAGGAGAUGAAAGAAAUAUACGGGGUGGAUGUUGAUUUGAAGGUGGAAGAUAUCGCAGUGACGGUCGGAUGUAACAUGGCUUUCGUUGCUUCGGUCAUGAGCUUAGCGGAUGCAGGCGAUGAGGUCAUACUUCCUAUACCAUGGUACUUUCACCACCAAAUGACCCUUUCCUUACUCGGAAUUAAGACUGUACCGCUGCGAACACGCGCUGAAGAUGGCUUCAUACCGUCAAUCGAGGCAUGUAAAGCCUUGAUCACACCGAAGACACGAGCCAUCGCCCUAGUUUCGCCCAACAACCCUACCGGCGCAACCUAUCCGCCCUCGCUCGUCACGUCUUUCGCCUCACUAGCCUCCUCAAACAACAUUGCACUGAUCGUAGACGAAACCUACCGCGACUUUAUUAUCCCAAAAUCACCACCCCAACUCCUAUUCUCUUCCCCAACAUGGCGAUCAACCUUCAUCCACCUCUACUCCUUCUCUAAAUCCUAUCGCAUCCCAGGGCAUCGCAUUGGCUGUAUCGCUGCCAAUCCGAGUCUCAUCACUCAAAUCAUCAAAAUCCUCGAUACCCUCCAGAUCUGUCCUCCGAAAACUCCGCAGAUUGCACUUGGCCAACCGGGUAUGCUUCAAGGGAUGAGGGAAGAUAUAUAUGAUACAGCUGUUCGAGUGGCGAAACGACAUCAGCUGUUCAGGGAAACCUUGUCAUGGCGAUGGCAUAUUGCCUCGCAAGGAGGUUACUACGCAUUUGUGCGACAUCCUUUCCGGGACAUCGGUUCAACGGAGGUCUGUAAGAGAUUAGCGGAGGAGAUGGGUGUAGUUGUUUUGCCCGGGGCUUUCUUCGGCCACGAGGCGGGAGUUGAGGAUGACCGAUGGAUUAGGUUUUCGGUUGCAAACGUGGGCGAUGAAGACGUUAUACAGGUGUGCGAGAGGAUACGGGAAAGUGAGGAAGCGUUUGAUGACUGGGUGGUCCGUGAUUGUCAUUAGGGAUGACAGACGAUUUUCAGAGGUAUAUUGGUACAUAUUCGGCAACCCAAAUGUAGUACUCGAUUAUAUUCAAACCGUUUUCUUCAGGAUAACC